AUGGUUGGUAUGCUUAUGGAAAGGUUUUGGGUGAUCUUCAACCACAAUUGGGUGUCAAAUUCAGCUCCAUGUGCGGGAGGGUCAUCUGAAAGCCAGUCUGAGAAAGUCAAAGAGAAAGAUUCGGAUGAGAGAUUUUCUUGUGAUGUAAGAACUAGCAGAAAAGAAGAUUAUAGCCCCCCAGAUAAUCGGACACGAAUGAAUGUGGAAGAGAGAACCUCUCCAGCGUUACGCCAAAUUCUGAGGGAGAAAGUGAAGUUAGCGUUAAAUUUGCCUGGCCAUUCCGAAAAUACAAUCCAGGUAAGUGUGUUUAUUGCGUCUCUCUCUCUUUUCUAGGUAAGUACGUAAUUCUUAUUAUACGUGGUAUUAUAAAUAUAGAACCUGUAA